CAGACACUAAAUGUCCUUAUUUUCUUGAACACAGACAUUUACUAUUUGUGUAAUCUGAAUAAAACAGCACCACCAUCUCUGCCAUAAUUUACUGCUCCGGUGACGACGAUGAUGAUGAUGGCGCCGUUGUGACGCUUCUAGGCGGCUGCGGGGAGCCCACGGCGUGCAACUUCAGGGGGUGCCGAAGAUGAAGCUAAUCGACUGGUGGGGAGGAAGAGAGAUGCGAGAUCUAGGGAGGAAGAGAGAAUGAGUGAGAAAGGGAAAAGAUGUUGCCUGGUGCUGCGUCGAUCAUCGGCAGGGAGGGAGGGAGUUCAGGGAUCUGAGGAAGAAGAAAGAGUGAGGAGGAGAGAUGAGGGUAUGGUUGGUUAUGGAAUGAGGGGGUGUAUAUGGUGUUCAUUUGGGGUACACCGAGGUGUACCCUACCAGGACCGUUUUGUAAAACUUGGGCAAGCUAUUAUCCCAUUUUUGAACGGAACACUAUAACAAACCAGCGGUUGCCCAUUUUCAACCCUCCCUCCAAAUCGCAUCCCCCGUAACAUAACCACGACAUUUCCUCCCCGAACAACCGCCAUCUCCGCCGCCGCCGCCCUAUCCUAAUCUCUGAUCACCGCAUUCUUUCGACCUUAUUUCCCCUUUCGGCGCUGCAACGAAGAACGAAUUGGAAAAGGAGAGUACAUGUUUUGGGGAUAGAAAUGUCGUCGAUCGAUCUCAAAGUCGAUCAAUUGAAGCAAUUGAGGGACAUAUUCUCGAGAUUCGACAUGGAUUCCGACGGGAGCUUGACGGUGCUGGAACUGGCGGCGCUGCUGCGUUCGUUAGGGCUGAAGCCGUCGGGGGACCAGAUCCAGGCGCUUCUGGCCAACAUGGACGCCAACGGGAACGGCGCCGUGGAAUUCGAGGAGCUGGCCAGGGCGAUCUUGCCGGACAUGACGGAGGAGAUCCUGGUGAACCAGGAGCAGAUCCUCGAGGUCUUCCGCUCGUUCGAUCGCGACGGGAACGGCUACAUCACGCUGGCGGAGCUGGCCGGAUCCAUGGCCAAGAUGGGGCAGCCGCUGACGUACAGGGAGCUGACGGAGAUGAUACGGGAGGCGGACACCGACGGAGACGGGGUGAUAAACUUCAACGAAUUCGCCGCCGUGAUGGCCAGAUCGGCCGCCGGUUAUCUCGGCCUCCCCGUUUCGUGACCGCCAAUCAAUCAUUGGUGUACUGAAAUCAAGUUAUUUUGUAUGCAUCAAUCAAAUUACUCCAUUCCAAUCCUCAAAAAAAGAAAGAAAAGAAACUCCAAUCCACCAUUUACUAAAAAGGUAAGAUUACUGCAGAAAAAGGCGGAUUUCGCUUGCUAUUGAAAUGGAAUUGACUCUUGGAAAUGGUAUCCAAAUCUUUCAUCCCAAGUAUAUAUUCAAUAUUAAUGUUUUUCAUCUUGUUCAAUGACUUCAAUCAUCGUCGUGGGUUGUUCUUACCCCUGGAAUUAGGAUGUCAUGU